AUGGAACUCACGCCCAUAACCAUAAGCUCAUGGGAUAAUGUUAUUCAAUGGUACACACGAGACACAUUUCUCUAUCGUUUAUUAAACCAAGCAUUGAGAGUACAAGAUAUUCUUCACAUAUUUUUAUUUCGUUUUGUUCUUGUUGAUCUUCACAAUCAUCUAGAAAACUUACAUACACAACAUAUUUAUUUACUCAAGACAGAUAAUGAACUCCGAUCAGAAUUGAUUGUUUUUCGUGGACAAGGAUUAACUGUUACAGAAUUACAGAAACUAAAAGGCAAUACUAAUGGUCGCAUUGCAAUGAACAGUUUCCUUUCGACAAGUACAUCUAGUAGCAUCGCGCUUGGUUUUUCCGGCAAUGGAAGUGGUCGUCCAUUAGUCGAACCAGUUUUCUUUGAAAUACAUUGUCCAGUAAAAGAAUACCAAACAAAACCAUUCGCUAACAUACAAAAUUAUAGUUAUACAAAAGAAGAAAAUGAAGAACUUUCAGAUACUAUUUGGCAUGUUAAACUAACCUUAUGCGACGAUGACAAUGAUUUAAGUCGAAUUGAAUCAAUUGAUUAUUUAAAAAGUGAGAUCGAUCAUAGAUCAGAUAUAUCUUUUUCAGCUAAAAUUUCUAUUGAUAUAAAUGAACUUGAUAAGGCUAAAGAUUUAUAUAACUUAAUUGUAAAGGUUUUACCGCCAGACCAUUGUGAUAGAGUUAGCAUUAAAACUAACAUUGGCACUAUACAUUUUGGAAAUGGGCAGUACUGCGAUGCUCUUAAGUAUUGCAGGCAAGCAUUAAAAAUCAAUCGGCUAUUAAUGCCAAAAGAUUUUAUAACAUUAUCAAUGAUAUUAAAUAAUAUUGGACAUGCCUAUAACAAACUAGUUAAUUAUUUAGAAUCAAUAGAAUAUCAUAAAAAAGCUCUUCAAAUUCAGAAGAAAUUUCUAAUUAAAAACAAUCUUGGAUAUGCAACAACAUGUAAGCAUUUAGGUGUUGUGUAUGAUUGUUUAAGUAAACAUAAAUUAGCUUUGACAUAUCUUGAACAAGCGAAGAAAAUUCUAGAAAAAUAUCUUCCUGAAAUUCAUCCUCAUAUCGGUGACACUUUCAAUAAUAUUGGCGAAAUCUAUCUUUCGAAUAAUCGUUCAAACGAAGCUCGUAUUAAUCUUGAAAAAUCUCUCGAAAUUAGACUCGAAUCUUUACCGACAGAUCAUCCUAUACUAUCAGUUAGCUAUUCCAAUCUUGGUUGUGCUCAUGAUAGAUUGGGAAAUUCUCAAAAAGCACUUGAAUAUCAUAAUAAAUCUUUAAAUAUUUGUCUGAAAUCUAUGUCGAAAAAUCAUCCCGAUUUAGCAACAACAUAUAAUAAUAUAGCUCAAUGUUACAAUGAGCUUGACAAUUUUACAUCAGCAUUGUUUUUUUCAUAA